AUGGUCCAUCUCUUCGCUCUCCUCGCCCUCUCUGGUCUCGUCCUCGAAAGCCGGUCUCAGCCUGCCGACUGGCUGCGCAAAUUCGCUGUUGACGGGAGAGACGAAAGCAGCUGGCUCUGGGGCUGGGCGUGGGCCGCUGACGGCACCGUCUCUGUCGUCGACAGAUCCCCUCCAGUGACCUUCCCUGCACGGCCGGCCUCCUUCGGCGCCGAGCUGAGCGAUCCUCUUCUGGGCUAUGUUCUCCCCCUUACUGCCUUUACCGUCCCCUGCGACGAUCCCGACUCGAACCUCACACACCAUCGCGCUGAUCCCACUCUGGGCUGCCCCCAACUUUGUGUACGCGGGCCCCACACGCCGGAUCCAAGCGAAUCCUGGAUCGCCUUGGUACAGCGGGGAGGGUGUCCGUUCGUCGAGAAGGCCCGGCAGGCGCAGCAACUUGGUGCCCGUGCCGUCGUGGUCGGCGGCGACAGUGAUAACCCAGAUGCCCUGCUGAAUAUGUACAGUGAACGCGACUCAUCUGACGUCGUCAUCGCUGCGACCUUCAUCCGCUACUGGGACUAUGUCGAGCUACUGUCCAUGAUUUCCGCGUCGAAUACGACGCACUCGGGAAUGAAAACGCUGUCGCUCCUCCUCAGCACGGAGUAUUCAGCAUGGGAAUGGUACUCGCCCAUCAUCACCUUCAUCGUCAUUCUGCUGCUGCCCUCCAUCCUCACGUUCGUAACCCUGCUCGUACAUCGUUAUCGCAUGGCUCGCCAAGCCCAACUCGACCGUGCUCCCGAAGCAGUUGUCCAUCGCCUCCCAUGGCGAGUCUGGACGGGGACGGGUUGGGAGAAGCACGAGGCUGCGUUUCCUCUGCCAGACCCCCGACACGCCCCCUCGGGCCCGGAACUGGACCUUGAAACAGGCGUGAACAACCCUACUCCCCAUCCCUCUACCUCUCAUGAUGACCAGCUUCCCGAGUGGGUCGAGCAGCAAGUGGAGUGCGCCAUCUGCCUUGAGACAUUCGCGAAAGGUGAUCGGGUGAGAGUGCUCCCCUGUUAUCACAUGUUCCAUAUGGACGAAGUGGACGAGUGGCUCAUUCACAAGAAGAAGCUCUGUCCCGUCUGCAAGAUGGAUGUAACUUGCCCUCAUCCGCCAGCGUCCCAUCGAUCGGAUAGUGCGCCACCACCAGAGGACUCUAUUGCAGACGACCGAGCCGCUUCACGUGUGCAAAGCCCUCCACUACCACGCAGUACAUCACCUGCCUCGGAACGAACGCCUCUGCUUCGGGACAAUACAGACCACCGGUACGAGGAUGCGUCUUGA